AUGGUCGAAAAAGCAGCUGAAGGUCUUAUUAUUGAAGGAGACGAAAAGAGCAAAGAGAUGGCUCAAGAAUUAAUCAAUGUUAAAGAUGGAACUCUUGAAGAAGUGGCGAAAAAAUGUGCUUUUCUUUAUACGAAAGAUGGUUUUUUCUAUAGAAAGUUAAAUGAAUGUAUGCGAUUCGAUGGUGAUUCAGAAAAAUCUAAGAUUUUUUGGUCAAAAGUAAAUACAUUUGGUCCGUUUGCUCUUUUUCUUAGUGCAAUACCAGAACAUGGAAGUAAAGAUAAAAUGACUGUAUAUCGCUCUGCAAAUCUAAGCGAAGAUAUGAUUGAUCAAUAUCGAGAAGCGGAAGGAAGCGCGGAUCAUAUGACAUUUCCAGCGUUUACUUCGACGACUCGCAAUCCAGUAGUGGCUGAGAUAUAUGAUGGCAAUGUACUAUUUAAAAUUGAUAUCAUACCCUACGCAGAUCCUGUGGAUAUAUCUAGCUAUUCGAACUUCCCCGACGAAGAAGAAAUGCUAUUAAAUUCUUACUUCUCUUUUAGUAUACAAUCCUGCAUUUUUGAUAUAAUUACAGAGAAGUGGACUAUCCAUCUCCAAUCAUUUAGUGUAGACAAUGAACCCUCGCUUUGUUAA